AUGCAGGCCUAUUGGGCCCGGAAUGAUUUAUCAUAUGUCACAGGUUGGAAAUCCCAACCCAACCCACUAAGAGGUUGUUGGGCCAGGCCGUUCGGGGCCGAUAGCCGAACUACACCUCCAAGAACCUGUUACACUCCGAAUAGCUUGGGGAUGGAGAUAGAGGGUCCUGCAGAUCUGAGUUCUGACCUACCAGCAGCAGCCAUGGAUGAUGAUCCGAACUUGAGCAUGAAGCUCCUGAUAGACCACGAAGGCCGAAGGGUCCUAUUUGCGGAAGCAGGUAAAGAUGCUGUUGAUAUUCUAUUCAGCAUUCUGUCAUUGCCUCUUGGUGCUGUCGCAAGAAUUAAAAACUGGGAAGACAGGGUUUGGAGCAUUGGGAAUCUGUACCAGAACUUUCUUGUGAACAAAGUAGUAGCCACAUACCCUAAUACUGCAAAUGCUAAUUCACCUCCACUGUUACUGAGUACCAAUCAAUCAUCGCCAACCGAGAAAUCCUACUAUAAGUGUGCUAACUUCGGUUAUAGUAGUUGUCGUUCAUAUGUGACUCUUGACCCCAAAUCCGUUUGUCCGUACUGCUCGACGGCGAUGUCCUCUCCCCUGACCCUUGUUUCUCCCACCAAUGAAGGGUCGUCUUCGUCGUCCUCUUCUUCUUAUUUUGAGAGUGGUUUUGUGAAGGAUAAUGUGACUUACAUGAUAAUGGAUGAUCUGGUUGUGAAGCCUAUGUCUAUCAUUUCUAGCAUCACUUUGUUCAACAGGUUGAAUCUCAAGAGAAGACGGUCAAUCUCACCAUUGUCCAUUGAUAAGGUUGGGAAGUUGCUGAGCGCCGCGUUGCAGACUAAGAAAGUGCUAACAAAUGUUUUCUUUGAAGAAAAGAUGGUGGUUGAAGAGGAGAAAUCAUUGGAGUCAGUUGAGUGAUGCCAUUGUAAUUUGUUAACUUUACAUAGGCUCUUCGCUGCAGUGAUGUGUGUUUGUUGGAAACUGUUUUGUAAUAUCGCAGUAAUGUUUUAGUCGUCGUUUUCUGGGUGGUCAUUGGGGAGGGGGGUUGAAUCCUUGUUCAUA